AUGAACGACUCGGACCGCAUGCUGCUCCAGCGCAUCAUGGCGGCAGGAGCGAUGGAGGACCAGGAGGUGCGGCGGUUGGCCAGGAAGCUCACAGGCGAAGAUCUCACUGCCUCAGACGUGGACGAUAUGGUGAAGAAAGUGGCGGAGAACAUCCGCCCUUUUGCGCUCGACAUGCGUCGCGGCAUGUACGACGACGGAAAGAUGUACCUGGCCGUGGUCAACACAAGCAACGACUCCCUGACGGCGUUUGGUAGCAACUUCAAGUCGUGGGAAAUCGUGUUCCUGCGCAAGGUGAUGGAGGAGAUCGUGGAUACGGAAGAAGGAGCGCUGGAGGAGGCGUAUCUGUUCAACCUUCGCGAAAACACCAAAAUUGACGAGGUGGAGGAGUUGCUUCGGAAGCUGACAGCUGAAAAGUGGCUAGCUCCGAGUGCCGUGCCAAUGCCGACCCGCAGUUUUACGCUGGGUCCGCGUGCAUACUUAGAACUUAUCGCGUUCCUGCGCGACAUGCAGAUCAAGAAGUGCCCAAUUUGCCAGUACGAGCUGCUUCAGGGUGCGAAAUGCCAGGAUCGGAACUGUGAGACCGUGGUCCACAAUGGCUGCGUUGACAAGUUUGAGAACAGAGGAGUACGCUACAAGUGCCCUACAUGCAAGAAACAGUUGCGGCGAUAA